UCAGAAACAAGUACGUACGCGGUACGCCCCUCAGUUUCACGAUCAUCUUAGAGAGUCGAUAACCAAGGUGGUUUGGUCUCUGCUGCUUGAGUUCCAAUAAAAACAAACAAGCUGAAACACUAUAUACUGAAAUAGAAAAUAAAUAAAAACAACACCAGCGAUAAUUUAAAUCAAUCAAGCUAAGAAUCCAAACAAGGCGUUAACUAUGGAGAAUCUCAGGUUUUUCCUCUUCGCUCUCCUCCUCCUCGUUUCUCCUCUCCUUCAAGUUGCUAGGAGUCAGUCAGAUUCAGAUGCUGAAGUCGCAGGGACUGUGGAAGAAGUCAGUGAUCUUGGGAUUGUCGGGGAGAACGCACAGGAUUUUGGUGAUGAGAAUUUUAGCCAAGCUCUAGGGGUUGAUGUAGUGUGUGUUUUCCCAAAAAACAGUGCACGUUUGGUGAAUGCUGGAGAAGAGACUGAACUACUAGUUGGAGUGAGAAAUGAUGGGGAGUUGCCCAUAACUGUCGUUGGAAUUAGGGCCAGUGUUCAUCUUCCUUUUGAUCAUAAGCUACUGGUUCAGAAUCUAUCUGCUCAGGGCUUCAACAAUGCAACUAUUCCAGCAUCUGCUCAGGCUACUUUCCCAUACAUCUUUGCUGUCAGCAAGUACUUGCAGCCUGGAAGUUUCGAUCUUGUGGGCACCAUCAUUUUUGAGAUAGGCCAGCAACCAUACCAAAGCACCUUCUACAAUGGUACCAUUGAAGUAGUUGAGUCUGGUGGUUUCCUAAGCACGGAGUCAGUUUUUCUUGUUACCCUUGGAAUUGCUCUUCUUGUCCUCUUUGGUCUAUGGCUUCAAAGCCAAAUUCAGAACCUUUCUAAGAAAUCAAAGAGGGCUGCGAAGGUGGAGGUUGGAACUGGGGCCAGAGAUGCCUCCGUGGAUGAAUGGCUUCAGGGAACAGCAUUGAGUCAGUCACAGUCCCAGAAGUCAAAGAAGAAGAAGUAAACAGUGGCUCUUACCCUGUUUCAGGCACUGUAGUAAAAUGCAGACUCUUGUGACUCAUAAUAGGCAUCUGGAGAUUCUAAGAGAGCCCAUGAACUAAACUAGCUCUGAAAUAUAGGCCAGUGAAGACCUAACUCCGAGGCCCAGUAAAUUUAGGCACUGUAGUAAAGUGCAGACUCUUGUUUCCCUUUUUCUCUUUUUCGGAGAAUUUUUGAAACUUUAGAAACUAACUCCGAGGUAGGAAUGACAUGGUUGUCUCGAGCUUAGUUAAUUUCCUUAUAUAUCACAUUCUCAGUUUUCCUAUUUAAA